AUGGUGUAUUGGGUGGCGCACCCGGGGCAACGGUACGGAGUUGUGUCAUGGGAAAUCUCCGCUGACUUAGAGGAAUGCAGCUCUGCUUGCGCCAGGGAUCAGUCGUCCAAUCCUUGCCACGCCUUCAACUACAGGAUGUUGGAUGGCACUUGCCAGCUGGUGAAUGAGGAGAUGAGCCAGCUUGUCCCUGGGGAGGGAUUCGAGGCAUUUGGGAAAUGAGAAGGCGCAGGGCGCCAAAAGGAGGAAGAGGAGGUGGUGGACAUGGAGGGGGAGGAGGAGGAAGAGGAGGAAGUGGAAGAGGAAGUGGAGGUGGGGGGGAUGGUGGAUCAAGUGGAGGAGGUGGGGGGAAAGGUGGAAGAGGAGGUGGAAGUGGAUCAAAGGGAGGAGCAGGAGGAGCUGCCGAUGCAGCAGGAGAAAGCUUUCUCCUAUGCCUUUCGCUG